CAGGCUGAAGGCGCUCUGUGGCUGCAGAAAGUCCCUCGGAAGAACUACCAUCUCCCCAGCCCACCAUGGCGGAUGAAAUUGAUUUCACUACGGGAGAUGCUGGGGCUUCCAGCACUUAUCCUAUGCAGUGCUCAGCCCUGCGCAAAAACGGCUUCGUGGUGCUGAAAGGACGACCGUGCAAGAUAGUGGAGAUGUCACCUUCCAAAACUGGAAAGCACGGCCAUGCCAAGGUUCACCUUGUUGGGAUUGAUAUUUUCACUGGCAAAAAGUAUGAAGAUAUUUGCCCUUCUACUCACAACAUGGAUGUUCCAAAUAUUAAGAGAAAUGAUUAUCAACUGAUAUGCAUUCAGGAUGGCUACCUCUCCCUGCUGACAGAGACCGGUGAGGUUCGUGAGGAUCUUAAGCUGCCAGAAGGUGAACUGGGCAAAGAAAUUGAAGGAAAAUACAAUGCAGGUGAAGAUGUACAGGUGUCGGUCAUGUGUGCAAUGAGUGAAGAAUAUGCUGUAGCCAUAAAGCCCUGCAAAUAAGUGGGACCAUCAGGGGUGAUCAAACUGUUCAGGUCCGGAUCACCUGCCAACCUAAAGUUUGGUUCUAAGUUGUCACCAAAGCUAUGGCCUUCAUAAGCAACCUCAUUUCCUUUUUUUUUUUUUUUAAUUGUUUUAAAAAUGUGCUGGGUUAGUUUUACAGGCAAUUGGUAAUUUAAAAAAAAAUAAUCAAGAUGUGUAAUUUUUUUUUAAUUUUGUAAAUAUCUUUCCUACAACAUUCCUGUGGUUUUUGGUAUGUGAGUCCACGAAACAGACAAGAUAGCUUCAGCAAACAUGAUUUGUAGGAGCAAAUCAUUCCUGUAUCUUAGUUAAUGAUAAACAAACCAGGGUUUAACAAACAAUGUAGCAUCUAGUGGUAUUGAAGUACCACAUUUAAGUUGAAUUGCUCUAUAUUAAUUUCAGGCUUAAUAUCAUAGAGCACGGGGCUUAUGGAUUGGAAUUUCUCAAUUUCAGCCUGUGCAUGGCAAACACAGACCAUAUUAUCCGAUAGUAUCAGUUAUUCUGGUGGCCAUGUGAAACCACAUGUAUUACCUCAGUCACUUCUAGUCUCCGUCAGAUUGUUGGCAGACUUAAUAUCAUGCAACCUUACGUGGCUGUUUGAGUACCUGCUCAUGGCUGACAGGCAUUGAGCUCUUGGGUGAACAUGAGCAAGUCAAGUUAUGAAGACACAAAGGACAGUGGCGAGGUGGGGGGGUAACGCGAUAGGUUUUUAUUUGAGGCCUUUGUAACCAGCAUAAAAAUAGAAAGUUGCUUUUUUAGGCCUUUGUUUGGGUUUUUGUUUGUUUGUUUGUUUGUUUGUUUUUUGGUUUUUUGCUUUUAACUUUUACUCCUCUUGGCCCAUGCCAGUAUGGGAAGGAAUAACCUUCUCUACAGCAUACUAUGAAGUACCUUUUUUUUUUUUUUUACAAGUAUAUUGAAUAAGCAUUGGUAUUUAUUAGUAAUCACUCCUUUCUAUCCAUUUGUUAAGGAGGUUUUUUUAACAUUUCAAUAUUUAUUAGAUAACUGGGAAUUAUCACUUAAAUUUAUUUGGAACGUUUGUCAAAUUUAUGUACAUUUUCUAAAGUGAAAUCAUGAAAUGUUACUUUAUGUGAAAAUUAUUAACUUAUGCGUUUUGUUUUGUUUUGUUUUGGAUCAUCAGUGACUUGAUCUACUUACUGGCAUGAAGUAUAACUACGAAAGAUUCUGUACACUGAUUUUAAAGGCGUUUUAAGUGGUACCACUACAUUUUUAUUUACUCUUUUGGAUCAUGUGUUACAGAUAGGCAGACGUUUAGAUGUUACUCCAGGGUCAUGAGGACCUUUCGCUCAGUAACAAUCAUUACAUUGGAAUGAAACUUAGAAUGAACACCAUCUCAUUAAUACCUUGAUUCCCUAAAACUGGUUAUGCCUCUCCCUUGUACCCCGAAAGGCCUUCCUUCCUAUCAGAAGGAAAUAGAUAGGAAAAUGCAACUGAUCUCAUCAGUGACUAGAAAUAGCCUUAGGAACAGAAGAUCCUGAAAUUUUAGUUUCUUAAUGCAUAUAAACCUUUAAAUCUGGUCUUGGCCUCAGCAAAUCCAUUUGGAGAAGAAACAAGAUACUUGAAGAGGAGUGCGAGGAGGAGAGUUCUAAAGCACAAGAAAUAAUUGAGGUUGUAGUUCAUUGUUUUUAGUAAAACAUUUUAGCUUUUGCCCAUCAAAAGCACAAUUAGAAUUAGGCUAAAUUAUUUCCAGUAUUCUAUUUAAGUAUUCACUACAUACUGCUCUAGAUUUUUAGCACUCUGUAAUGUGUAUCUUACCUGCUACUGGUUGGCAUUGUUACCCACAGGAAUUCCAGAAAGUUAUUAAUCUGUGCUGCUUGCUGGUCGUUCACACCCCCAGUUAGCCAUGCUAGUAUUCUGAUUUAGUAUUAAUUCCAGAUUAGCAUGCCCUUGUUUUUCCUAACUUGUCAGACUUAACAUAAAUCUAUUUUCAAUUGCAAUGUAAGGGUGUACAAAUUAAAAUAAUGCAUCUCUACAUACCUUGAAUGGCAAAA